CCUAGCACAGCGACCGAGGGGGCUGGGGAAGCCUGCAGUGUCACCGUGGAAAGGAACUGAAGGAUUCUCCUGCUCAAGCCACCAACUUUUCCUCAGUACUGAAGUCCAACCUGCUGAAUUUCCAUCGCAGGAGCCACAGAGGAGAGUGCCACGGGGACGUCAUUAGAUAGCCGGGCGAGUUUGGUGCAGACAGCCGUGUUUUAGCAGGUAAACUGGGUUCUAAGGUGCGCGCUGAGCCGCCUAUGAUACCAACCACACGGAUGGAAAGAACUUUGAUGUUCAACCCUCACAGAGUUUUACAACGGAGGCUGAGAGUAGAGACAGAUUGGCAGUUUAUAUUAUAAUUCAACAGAGGUUAGAGGUGAAGAUCACACGUGCCGAUAGCAGUUUGCCCAGUAUUACAUCAGAGUAGGGACAAAUAGCAGGCAGCCAAAAGGUAAAGUUUUAGGGAAACGAUCAGGCAUCCUCAUGAAGAUGUCCAGAGAGGAGCAGAGCUUGUCAGAUGUCGAGCUCAGUCCCAGCAUGUCGGACGACAGUCGCUCCCGAUCGCCUGAUCAUUCCUCUGGUGCUGGUGGGGAUGAGUCGCCCCUCCACAGGCAGCAGCUGCUGGCAGUUCUAGACAGCGGCGCGAGGGGUCAUCCCUCCGGUAAAUCUGACGAUGAGGAUGAGCGCUUCCCAGCGGGUAUCCGUAAGGCGGUCAGUCAGGUGCUCAACUGCUACGACUGGACACUCGUGCCCAUGCCCGUGCGUGUCAACAGCGGGACCAAGAGCAAGCCACACGUCAAGAGACCGAUGAACGCCUUCAUGGUCUGGGCGCAGGCAGCACGGAGGAAACUGGCAGACCAACACCCGCACCUGCACAACGCCGAGCUCAGCAAGACCCUGGGGAAGCUUUGGAGGCUUCUUAAUGAGAGUGAUAAGCGACCCUUCAUCGAGGAGGCAGAGAGGUUGAGAAAGCAACACAAGAAAGACUACCCUGACUACAAAUACCAGCCUCGACGCCGCAAAAACGGAAAGACCGGAUCCGGGUCAGGAAGUGACGCAGACGGCCAUUUGGAGGGUGAGAUCAGGCAUAGACAAUCCAUCUACAAGGGCCUCCAUCUGGAUGUGGUCCACACUGGGGGAGCUGGGUCCCCUCUGGCAGACGGGCAUCACCCCCCUGCUGCAAUUGGGCUGCCGGCUCCCUCGGCCCACCUCAUGAGUCACAGCCACAGUCCUCCUACACCCCCAACCACACCCAAGACAGAACUUCAGUCUGGGAGGGCAGGGGAUGGAAAGAGGGAGGCUUUGGGGAACGGGGUCUCCCGUGGCCCAAUGGGAGCAGAGGGCUGUUCAGGUGCCGCAGGGUCUGGAAAGCCUCACAUCGACUUUGGCAAUGUGGACAUCGGUGAGAUAAGCAACGACGUGAUGGCCACGAUGGAGCCUUUUGAUGUCAAUGAGUUUGACCAGUACCUUCCCCCUAAUGGCCAUCCAGGGAUCGGGCAGAGUGCCGGCUCAAGAGCAGCGACGCCCAUAACUACCGCAUCUCAAUAUACCUAUGGCAUCUCCUCAGCUCUGGCAGCGGCCAGUGGACACUCUGCAGCCUGGCUCUCCAAGCAGCAGCCGCAACAACAUCACGGCUCCCCUCUGAGCUCAGACCUGUCCAAGACGCAGAUUAAGAGCGAGGCCGGAGGCGCAAGCGCUCACUUUUCAGAAUCAGCCACAGGCGGUUCCCACGUUACCUACACCCCUCUAAGCCUCCCUCACUACAGCGCCGCCUUCCCCUCACUUGCAGCCAGAGCUCAGUUUGCAGAGUAUGCCGACCAGCAGGCCUCGGGGUCCUACUACACUCACUCGAGCCAGGCAACAGGCCUGUACUCUGCAUUCUCCUACAUGGGGCCCACCCAGAGGCCCCUGUACACUGCAAUCGCUGACCCAUCCAGUGUACCACAGUCACACAGCCCCACACACUGGGAGCAGCCUGUCUACACUACUCUGUCGCGACCAUGACAGAUAACGAGAACAGAGAGCGCCGGUGCUGGCCCAGCCCCCAUGCCCGACCCAAGGAGCAGCAGUGGUUUUGGGGAGAACGGUCUGGGCCCAGGGGAGUGGGCUGGCACCGGGGGAGUCUGCUGGGGAGACAGGUGGGAAGAAACCCUGCACUGUCCUCACCCAGAUGCAGAAAUGCUGUCACAUCUCAAGGCUGAGUUUGGAGCGUGAGGCUUUUGAAGCAUUCAUUGAUUAUUUGGUGCGUACAGUCCAGUAGUGAAAAAUGAUUGUCUUGGCACUACACUCAAGUUGCAGAUUAGGUUUGCAGCAACUAAACAUCUACUACCGCUCCAAACAACACAUUUUGAUGGAGAAUUAUGUCCCUGUCAGGAUGGUGACUCCCUGCGUGGAUGUGAGGUGGUAGAAUCAGGUCAUCAUGGUUCACGCUAAUAUUUCACAAAUUCUAAAGCGACAAAGAAUGAAAAGGUAUUACACCUUGACCAAUCAUUCAGAGCCGUCUUUCGCUGGCCCAUUCAUAUCUCAGGCAGAAUUCACGUUAUAUCAAAGAGGUAUAUAUUAGCUAAUGUUCACUUUUGUUCAGUAAGUCAAUAUGCUAACAUGGUAUUUUGCGGACAUUUGUUCCUGUUAUACUGCUUUCUUCAUAUUUCUUUCCAUUUUGUGUGGUUUACUUCAAUAAUGAACACGGGAAGUGGUUGCCAUGAAGUUUUUUGUCGUUUUGAUUUGAGAAGUAAAACCACAACCCUCCUGAGGAUAAGUGGCUUGGAAAAUGGGAAAGGAAAGUAAAACUUGCAUUAGUUGUUCAUUACAUAUGCUAUAUUUGUAAAAUUGCCAAAGUAUUAAUAACAAAACUGUGUAAAUAUGUAUCAAAGAAACUGCCAUAAUAACGGUUUCUCCCAAUGUGACAUUCCAAGCUACCUGACUUAUUACCUAAAAAACGUAGAAUAGGUUACUGCAAAUUUGAUACUUAAAACGUAAUCAUGUCCGAAAGAUUCUUAUUUUACACGAACAGUGAUGAAUAGUUUUAGAUAGUAUUUGACGGAUUCAUGAACCGCCUUCAUGGCAAGAAAACAAAAACAAAACGAAAAAAAAAGACUUUCUCCAAUACUUUGUUACAUGCAUUGCUUACUUGUUUUCAUCAUUUUGAGUUUUAAUACUGCUCUGCCUUUAUCUCCACUGAAAGUCUUUUCCACUGUGAAAUGUGACAAGCUCGCGCACCAGUUCUGACGGAUGCCAAUUUUGACCAAACAUUACCGCAUCCAGAAAUAGAACGGCGUUCACAAAGAUGUAUUUUCACAGAGCUUGACAUUUAAUAGUCAUUGUGCCUUAUCCUUUAUUUUUGCUUUAAACACAUUACAUUCAAAAGUUACACCUUGUUAUUCUGUAGUCACACUUUUCUUUAAUCGCCCUCAUUAUUGUACAGAGGAUGUAUUCCAUAUUUUCUGUCCGCAUCUCCCAAGUGUACUUUUAUAUUCACUUGUAAAAUGCAAACGUAUGGAAUGGCUUUGUUUCACAUAUGUAUCAAAAUACUGUUCUAUAUCACUCUAAAUACACUCUUUCUUUUAUCCCAUCGCAUGCUCUUUUAAUCAUUGGAAGUCUGUGUGCGCCACCGUCGCUUUCUCAAACAUUUGUUGACCUUUUUUAUGGAAGUGCUGAAAUCUUUUUCCAUACGUUUAACUGUCAUCGUAAUUUGACGGUUGAUAUGUUCCAGUUGUGUGUGACGGUUACUUGCAAAGCAAGGCAACUUUGAAACUACGGCAAAAGAGAAAGUUCAGCCAACAAUGUAAGGAUGAUUAUGAUUAUAUUUGCACUCAUUUGGAAUAAAACUUUGCUUUACAAGAAUUCAAAGCCUUUUGUUCUUGCCCCCCUUCCAUUGCAAAACAUUCAUACACAUAUUAAUCAAACCCAAAUUCCAGUGACCGGAUCCAGCACACCACAUGAUUUUAUGUGGCCCACUUAAGUAAAUAGUGUGUCUUCUCAAUGUGUCUUGCUAAAUGGAUUUAUUUCUUAUUUUGGCGGAAAAUAAUAAGACACAAAAUUUCCUCUUUUUUUUCUCCUCCCCUUAUCUAGUUUUAAAAAGAAUUAUAUCCUAUAAAUCCAUUCACAGCAUAAAUUGGGUGACUAAUUGUAGUCUAAAAAUAAUUAUUUUCUAAUGUUUCCCAUGACUUCUUAUGUGAAAUUAUUAUUGUGAUUAUUUUUAACACUAUACAUGACAAAUCCAAACCCUAAUAAUUUGACAAGGUGACAUUUACUGUACACCAUUUGGUACUGAUAGGGAUAAAUACCCUCUGAUGGAAACUCCACUAAAGUCGAGUGACAAAAAUCAGUUUUCCACCCUGCAUUAGUUCAUUACAAAGGCAGAGUGUGAAAUAUUUGCACUUCUUCAAACUUGGACAGGAAGUGUUCGGCUACGGAUUUUAGCCAUUUUAAGAUUGACUGAAACGCAGCUUGUGUCAAAGUAGAGGCCAUUUUGAGGGGAAAAAAUCCCGUUGAUCAGGCUAAAUUCAAAACACAAAGCAAAAGAAUCCUACCAGCCACCUGUCUAGAGAGAAUUAGUCGUAACUUUACUGGAAGCGGAUAUUGAUGACCGAACUAAACCAGUAUCAGGUGGAGCGUUGGCAAGUUUGGCAUAUUUGUUGUAUGUUCUAAUGGGUGUAUGUGUGAAUUUUUGCGAGCGGUGGGUUAAGCUUGACUCCUAAUUCCUUUGAUUUAAUCGGCCGGGUAAAGACAAAGCAGGCCAUUGAAUGGGAAUUGGAGGAGUAGGGGCUGGGGGAACCAGGGCAAUGAGGGGAACCUUACCCAUUGCUGUCUGGCCUGUAGCUUCAUCAGGAUACAAAGAAACUCUCAUAUACUCCCGCCAUAGACUAUAUACAGGCACCUCUCGUGCUAGGCCCUCUGCAUUUGCGUCCAUCUGUUAAAGAAAUGCCGCCAUCCCAAAUGGGAUUAAAAACAUUCCCAUCAGGAAUCAUGAAUACGAGUGAUACAAGCAUAAGUGGGACUCUGACAGUCGGGUGUUGAAAACAGCACAACACAUAAAGUGCACGCGGCCACAACACAGGAGGCAUAAUAUCCUGCAAAUCCGACGAACAUCGCUGUCACCUUAUCAAUUCCAAGUAUUGUUUGUGUAUCUGUCGCCCACUUAAAAAUAAAGAUCGCCUUUUGUAUGUAACUUUGCAGAGUCAGGUGACGAAUAAAGGUCCUGUGAUCUGGAAAAAAGGGCCUGCAUUCGUGAAAGAAGCAAAAAUAGGGAUUUUACUUCAAAAUAACUUUUUGGGUUUUUUUUUGUUCUCUCCAUUCUUGCCAGGGACUUCUCUGGGUCCUCCAGUUUCCUCCAAAAUUCCCCCAAAAUAGACCACUGAAUUGACCAUUUGGUUCUUAUUCUUGUUUGUCUGUGUAUCCUGCAAUAGAUACUUUUCACGUGACGUCAUGAGUCACAUGAAUUUUGUUUAUGACGAACACUGGACAGCAAAACUAGAAUACAACUCGCGUUUUUUAGUGAUCUUUUUGUGAAUAUUGGCUUGCUUAUAAGCGUCUUACGGCCUUUUCAUCAUGGUAUUUCAUUGUGGUUGUAAGAAUGGUCAGAAAAAGGGUUCUGACACUUCAGGCAUUGUUUACCUUUUGCUGGGCAUUCAGCAAAUUUAGUGUGGUAUCCUCCACACUUUUUACAUAUCUUUACCAAGGUCUUUGGGCUGUCAAUAUGCCUACUACAACCCGCAGUGAAACUUUGCUUUCCAUGUUUGCGGUGGAUAACGUGAACCUCGUGGCUGUCGCUAGCCGUAGCCUUUAGCUGCACUUUUGCUAACACGUGGGAGCAGGCAAUGCCGAUCGCUUUUUUCGAGCGCGAGCACCGCCCCCUGACUGUGUAACUUUUCGCGCACAAUCGGUGAGUUGGCAGCGAAAAACUAUGCAGUCUCUGACCAUCUCAUGGCUGUUUGAGUAGUUACAGUCUUCAACCAACAAGUUGAUGUUCUGUCACAAAGUGCUCACAUGACUCACAGUUGCACAUUCUUGUGAAACUUAUAUCUUGCAAAUAUGGGGUUUGCUUUCUGAAUGAGAUCUUCAGAGAAUUUUUUCGUAAUAACUUUUUAGCAACUUAUCUUCAUCUCUGUUUAGUGUCCACGUAUUGCUGACAUCUCGUCCUUUUUCACCGAUCCACAGCAGGAGAAACUGCACUUUUCCUCUUCAGCUCUGUUUUUAAGAGGUCCUGUGAACAUGAGUUCAGCGUGUUGCUUGAAUCUCUGCUAUGGAUCUGUUAAUUAGAUGAGUUCCAGUCCAUCCUCGGGCUUGGAAAACCAAACGUACGCCUCCAUCAUGGUCAAUUUGUCGUCAUGUUCGUUCAUUUUUUUUUCCCCGUUUUUUUUUCCCCGUGAGUCCAUAGUUAUACUACCGUCACUCUGACACUAUGUUAUGAUCUUGCUGUCGUGUUAUUAGGUAAAAAUAAGGUCGACAUGAGUCCAGCUGUACUUUUUAACGUGGGUGAUAUUUAUUUCGCUCCCCCCCAGACAAUCUCUCUAGCUCACUUCUUUGCCGUCCUGUCUCGUCGUGCCCCGCUGACGUCGACACAGUCACAAUCACACCACACUUGCUAUAUACGAGAAGUACUAUAGCUCAAUCUAAUAAUAACGAGAAGAUACGUGCGCUCGAGUUUCACAUGUGGCUUCUUUCUUUAUUCCUCACUCCAGCAGGAGUGCCUCAAUCACCUCUGAUUACAGUGUUCAUUUGUCAAAGGACUUUCAAGAUCAAAAGAUAACCGUAGCCAAAACAUUACAGUAUACACUUAUCGCUUCCUAGCCAUGAUAUGUAGACACAAUCUUGCCGUCCAAAAUAGCAUUGCAAACAAAAAACACGUGGUCAGUGUGACGUCAACGAAAAGUAUCUAUUGACUUGCGACCAGGUCAGGUUGUAGAUGGUCCCUCAUUCAAAGUAAUAAGUGGACAGGCUUUUCUUGACCCAGUUUAGCUAUUCAGGGACGCCCUAUGAUGAGGUUUGUGCACGAGGUUAUUUCCCAGGAGUUCUUGUGUGAUACUUGGAAAAACUUUGCUGCACACUACAUAACAAGACAAAAACAAUAACUUCAACAGUUGCAUUGGUACUUAUACUUAAAAACUUACAUCAAACACACCAGAAGUCACGAAGUUUGGAGUGUAACAAAAAAUACAGGACACCUCAAAAGUCAAACCAUCAUUGAGUGCAAUUAUAACAGCACACUUAAUGCACAAAUUCCUUUUUAGAACAUUUAUUACUCUCAAGAGUAUUGUAUCAAACAUAUUUAUUUUUCGUCUCCAUUCGAUACAGUUCUGUAGAAAAAUAUUUGUCCCCUUUCCCUACUUUAACGUAUAGUAAGUUUCUUUCGGCUUGUCCCUUUCGGGGUCGCCACAGCGUGUCAUCUCAGAUGAACGCACAUAUGUUUGGCACAAUUUUUACGCCGGAUGCCCUUCCUGACGCAACCCUUCUCAGGGAGUGGAGGCCCCAGUGGGAUACGAACCCACAACCCCUGGUUUAUCAAACCAGUGCUCUAACCACUGAGCUACAGGGCCUCACCCUACUUUAACGUAUAAGAUGAUCAAAUUGAAACCGAAUAAUUUCCACAGAGGCCAGUGAUGGAAAACAUCCAAGUUCAGUUGCUGCUGAGGGUGGCCCAACCGUUUUAGGCAGGUACAACUACUUCUCCACAUAGGAGCAGGCUGGGUUUUUUUUUUUCCGUAGUAUUUAAUUUUUUUUUAACCCUCUUAAUAAAUAAAACCAGUUGGAUUUUCUUUCUUAUAUUUAGAUUUCUUUUGUUUUUCUUAAAAUAAAGUGAGGAAACAACAAUUAAAAAAAAAUCAAAAUUUUAGAAGGGGCCAAUACUUUUUUUUUACGACACUGUAUUUACUCAUUAGGGUGUUUUUAAAUGGUUACUAUUCCUCCCUUUUAGUUUUAUAAUACAGUGCGAACUUGUUUUCAUACUUGCGUGGAGGUUAAUGAGGAAAUAUCAUUUUAAACAUUUACAGUUAAUAAAGGUUUUUUAUGAGAGUGUAAGCCUGUAACCCAAUAAAUUCAGAUUAAUGACGUCCUAUGGGAACGUUUGUUUUGAAACGACAACAAUUACAACAACUUGGAAUAGAACCAGUGUCACAUAAUGGAUCGUGUUCAACUCUGGAUGUUCCGCUGCGUCACAAUUGGCUCGGCUUGGCAAUGAAGCUAAUUUGCAUUAUUUUGGGAAUGUGGGAGGAAUCCGGCGUCUACGCCAUCGGAAAGGACUCAAACCCUCACCUCAGAACUGUGAAUGAGGUGUGCCAGCCACUUGGUCACCGUAUCACUGAAUUUACACUUGUUGUUUUUAAAUAUCCAACACAAAACAUUACUGUAGUGUUGUUGAACAUAAAAUUUAGAAAUAAAAUGUUUGAAAACUUGUGAAGGGAUUUGAAGAGCACAAUUUACAAGACAUCAAAAAUAAAAGUACAGCGCUGUUGCUGUUGUGAGAUCAAUGUCCCACAGAGAAUCGGCGAGGUGGGGGCGGGGCGGGGUGGGGUGGGGGGGUCAGUGUGGGGGACGUGUGACUGAAUGACUAAAUGGAAAUAUGACUGAAGACAAAUGCGGCCAAGGCAGCAAGCUAAUGGCGUGCAGUGUAGAUGAGAGAUAUUAGCAGGAUCUUCAGCUGCGGGCGAGCUGAUGGCGUCCUCGCUGCGGUUGGCGCAGCUGAUUGUCACAUGGCCAUGAACGCAACCCACAGACCCCCUCCGGGCACCGUCACCCUCUCAUAUCAAAAGACUUACAGAUGAAAUCAUCACGACCGGCAUAAACUGGAUUCAUUGUGAAAUCAUUGCAAAUAAGAUCACCCCAAAGCUCAUGAUUGUUUCUUGUUUGCUUGUUACUCUUUAGAACUGUACUGACACGCAUGUUGUUUAUGUACACACAUAAACACACACACAUACCAGUAGUUAUAAAGUCCAAACACCCCCAUUCAAAUGGCAGCCUUUUAUGAUAUAAUGUGACCUAGCUAAACUUUUUCCACUGUUGUGACUAGCUUGUAUAAUUCUAUAGACAUUUUUUUUUAAAUAUUUUCAAGAGGGAAAGUACCAUUGAACGACUGAAUGGUGGUUGGACAUGUGUGCACACCCUCUGGAAUGUGCCUGCGUUUAGAAUGAACUUGUGUUAAAUGCAAGUCAGCGCACGGCUGUCACAAUUUGAAACGUCUCCGAUUAAUUUCAAAUGAAGACGUAUUAGAAGGCUCCUGACUUUGCUUUGUGCUUCCAAACAGAAGCCUGGAGGUUUUGUACCAACACUAACUGCUAUUUCAAACUGCCCCAAAGAAUGACGCUGCACUGAAGGCAAGUUCUUCUAAUUAAAGAUGAUAAACAUACAUUUUAGUUUUAUCGGGCCAUGACACAUAACCAGGGUUGGGAGAUUUCAAUUCAGCUAGACAGGUUAUGUGCCGCAUAAAUGGUGGUAAAAGUUUUGAAAUAAUUUAUUCAUCUCAUUUGUUUUAUAUUUUGAAAGCUAUGCUAUUGAACAGGGGUGUGUAGAUAUAUACGUGUAAUUAUGCAUUUUUAUCCAAAAUUGACAAUGCAGUCAAAGCCCGGUAUUACAACAUACACUGACCUAGUUCCUGCGCCCAACCUAUUUUCCCCAAACAAUACAGAGAUUGUCUGUCUGCUUUGUGUUGGUGUUUUCACGGGAAUGUUCUGAGGCAGAAAGCAUCAAACAGUUUACAGCACUCAUUCAGCAAAAUGAGUGCAUCAGCUACCGUACAACUCCUUAAAUGCAGCGAAAGCCCACAUUGACACACGAGGGACGGCUGCACAACACAAGAACUUUCAAAUGUGAGCAUUUUCAUAUUUGGCAUCGAAACACAUGCAAAACAUGAACUGGGCCACGGAAUGCAAAAAUAUCCUGUUUGGCAUUUUCAGAUGACAAGAUAACUAGUGAAGGUCUCGCAAAAGCAACUCGUUUCUUGUUUGUCACUCCUCAUAUCCAUCUCAUGACUAUGUCAACAGCUCCAGGGAUAUUUGGCUAACACAAAAUGGAAUUGUCCAAACACUAAUCACAGUCAACUGUCGUUU